GGUGAAAUAUCCACUUUUGAAACGACUGUUUCGAUGACCACGGCAGAACAGAACUUGCUCUUAGAUGGUCAUCUGUUAAUCGGUGUCGCACUUGACGGUUUCGAACCAAGCGAUUUUCUUGGUUGUCUGAUACCGAAGCAGACGUGCGACGUGCAUCAGGGGAUUUUGUCCCGUGACUUGAAUCUGUCGAAUACCACCGACGCUGGAAGCAUUUCAUCUGGGUAUGCAAUCAUUGACGUGCUUAAAAAUGGUAGCUUGAAAUACGAUAUGGAAGUUAAUGGCGUUGAUGACAAAAAGAUUUACGGUCUGGUGAUUGAAAGAGAAAUCGGCAGAAAUCGCAAGAAGCUCAUUGCGGGGAGUGAACAACUAAUCGAAUUCAGUGGUGGAAUGUGGAUGACCAAGCCGCCCAGUCCACCCGUGAGGUUUCCAGUCGACUACAGUCUCCCGUCAUUGAGUCGUGCUACGUGCCCGGCCCACCGUAGCUUCCGCGUUCUGCUUUCGACAGCGACGUCGUUCAUUCCUGUCUGCUGUCUGAUCACCGUAAGGUGGUAUGAUCACGAGGUGAGGGUUUUUCCUGAUGUUUCCGAAGAGGGCGUCCCUGAUGAAAUGGAACGCGCUACAACCGGCCCUCUUUCUCCCUACAAUCUUUUUAGCCUGAUCAUUCUGCAUAUCGACCCCUUGGCCAAGAUAAAUGUAUUUAUCGACUUAGACGUUUGCGCCGUUUAA